UUAUCCUUUAGGAAUUGUCAAACGGUUUUUUUUCUCUCGCAAGCAGUCGGUAUUGUAAUGCUAUGGCCAUAAUGGCCUAUCCGGAUUUCAGGCCAGCCCAACCGGAGGCCAUUCGUCGCCUCAAUCAGAAAUAUUCUCAUCGUGAUUCCCAAAAUCGCAGCUGUGCCAGUCGCAAGGAAUAUCUGCUCAAGCUGAAGGAUGAUCUCUUGGAGUUGUUGGCUGCCUUCAGUGAGAAGACCACGGUACAUGGCAUGGGACGGUUGUUCAAUCGCAAUGCCAAUAAAUAUGAGAGACUUUUCUGGCUGCUGACCCUCAGCCUGGCCGUCUUUGGUACCACCUAUGUUUGCAUUUUCCUCUCGGAUCGUUUCAAUGCCGGCAAUCUGCAAUCGAUUGUCGACGACACCGGUGCCCCGGUCUAUAAAAUCCCCUUCCCCACCAUCACCAUUUGCAAUGUGAAUCGCCUGAAUUGGCAACGCAUCGAUGAGGCCAAGGAACGUUUCUUGCCGGGCGUGACAGAUAACGAAACGCUGAAUCUCUUCGAAUUGGUCAUAGGACGCUAUGAUCGUAUCGAAUUCGCCUAUUUCGAUUUAUUUGCCCCGCUGGAAAAUCAAACCCUGCAGUUAGUGGCAAAUGUGAAUUUCUCGCUGGUCUAUGAGUUUAUGGCCUGGAACUGUGAUGAGUUGCUGGAGGAUUGCGUGUGGCGUCAUCGUGAAAUGAAUUGCUGUGAUAUAUUCCUGAAGCGGCGCAGCAAGAGUGGCAUUUGUUGGAGUUUUAAUAGCUUGGAGACGGAGGAGGGUAGGGAGAGGCAGAAAAAUGAUGCAAAAUAUCCUUGGCGUACGGGAAGUGCGGGUCCGCAAAGUGCCCUGACCGUUAAGGUGCUCAUCAAUCGGGAGAACCACUACAGCUCGGAGGUGGAGAAGGGGAUUUUGGUUAUGGUUUCGGAGCCCAAGGUCUGGCACCGGGAGCCAUUUUUCAUACCGGAAAACACGGACACCACGGUUGGCAUAGAUCCCACAAUUUAUUUCUAUGACGAAAAUACCAGGAGCUUGACAUCGGCCCAGAGGCAGUGUGUGUUCCAUGACGAACAUCAUCUCCAUGACUUCAAGGUUUUGGAAGGUUUCGAUUAUAUGAUUGAGAAUUGCCAUGCUGAAUGUCAUCGAGGCUAUUUGGAGAAGUACUGCAAUUGCACCAUGGAUAUCCUUUUUCCACCAGGACAAUACAAGCCCUGCCGCGUAACAGAUUUGGUGUGCCUGGCACGUAACAAUGAUUAUUUCCGCUACACUCACCAAGAGGGCGCUGAUGAAUAUGUUCGCCAAACCCACACCGGCAUGAAGUGCAAAUGCUUCAAUAAUUGCUAUUCAUUGCAGUACAUGACCUAUGUCCGACCGACAUUUCUGCCACCGGAUGUACGUGGCAAUAAAUCAUAUGUGGAUUUGGAUAUCCACUUCCGAUCGGAAACAAUGAUGGUUUAUUGUACAAAUUUGGUGUUUAGCUGGAUUGAUUUAAUGGUUGCCUUUGGCGGCAUUGCGGGUCUUUUCAUGGGCUGCUCGCUAAUCAGUGCCGUGGAAGUCUUCUAUUUUCUCUUCAUUCAAAUACCCACAUUUGCCUAUCGGGAAUAUCAGGCCAGGCAGGAAUUGCGCCGGAAUGAAGCCCAACAGCAGUUCAAUCAGAAUAUUAUGCAAAGCAGUAACAAUAACGGCAGCAGCAACAACAACAUCACAAAUAUUUAUAGGAGACCAUCGGAUUAUUAUGAGGCGGAUCGGAAACUUUUUGCAAAAAAUCGCAUAUCCAUUGUGGAGAAUAUGAAUAAAAAUUAUAUAAACUCACACUAUUU